AUGUCUCCGACUCCAAAUUAUAUGUAUAUCAAAUUGCAGAACAACCUCUGCGCUUCGCCUAUUACGAACAUUUUGUUGCCACACUACAAAAACAGUCAACAAUUCACGCAAGUCGAUCGGGCAUGUAUUCAAGACGAGUGGCAGGAGAAACAAUCUCUCAACGGGACCAAUGCGUUCAGUGAUGACACCUACCGUAUCGUUUUCUCUGACAUUCAGAAAACAUUCCACUGGAUUCAGGUGCCACAAGACUAUGGAAACCCGGAAAUUCUGAUAAUUGUCUCCUCGAAUUCUGACAACUUCGCGAGACGAAAUGUGAUAAGAAAGACGUGGAUGAACUCGGAGAAGAAUAAGAUUAUUGGGGAGAAACAACAGAUGAAAGUGAUGUUUUUGGUUGGAGUGGAUGCGAAGAACGAGGCGAAGAACUCGGUAAUUCUGAGAGAGGCAGAGGUUUUUGGAGAUAUGAUUGUCGUCGAUUUGGAGGACACUUAUGUCAAUUUGACAUGGAAGUCGAUAUCCCUCCUUCUCUACGGUCACACUAAGACGCCUCCAUCAGUGAAACUGAUCGGAAAAAUCGAUGAGGACGUGAUUUUCUACCCGGAUCAGCUGAGCAACUUUAUCAAAGAUGGAACUAUAAAUAUGACGAGCUCCUCGAUUUACGGCGAAAAAUGGGAGGCCGGCGUGCCGGUACAUCACAAGGACGAGCGAAGUAAAUGGUACAUCCCAAAAACCUCAUACAAAUGCCGUGUGUUCCCAUCAUACCUCUCCGGGCCGUUCUAUCUUGUCACCCGGAAAGCCGCCGAAAGAAUUACGGUAUCCACUAAGCAUCGGAAGUUUAUAUCUGUGGAAGACGUGUUCAUCAGUGGUCUCCUGGCUGGUGAUGUUGGUGUCGAGAAGAAAUCGCUGCCCUAUUUGUAUAUGGUGGAUGAGGCGACCUCCGACCGUGAGAAAUUUGAAAUCUUGGCAUGGCACACUCUGAAAAACGACAAACAAUUCGUGGAGUCUUGGGAGAACAUGCGGCUGACACGAUGCGCCGGAUGCCAGAGAACAACUCGAUACUUCCGAGGAUCCCGGAGUCAAGUGGCCGAGGAAAUCAAUCAAUAA